CUCUCUCUCUCUCUCUCCCUAACUUCUCUUUCACCUUUACUUUCUUUCUCUAUCUCUCUAUAUAUAUAUUCUCUGAACCCAUCUCUUGAAAACAUUCAAGAUCAAAUCUUUCUCGUUCUGUUCAAAGAAAACCAUUUGAGAAAACUUAUGUUUUCGGUCAUAUAAAGGUUUGAUUUUGUUCCGGAUCAGUUUUUUUUUUUCCUUUUUGGCUUUUCUUUUAUAGGGCUUAAGGUUUUAAAAGGAUGGAAACGUUCGGUGGGUUUCAUUACAAGGAAGAUGAUGAGCAGAUGGAUUUGCCUCCUGGUUUUAGGUUUCAUCCAACAGACGAAGAACUCAUAUCCCACUAUCUACACAAGAAGGUUCUUGACAUCGCUUUCUCGGCUAAAGCUAUUGGUGAGGUGGACUUAAACAAAGCUGAGCCAUGGGAGUUGCCUUAUAAGGCAAAAAUGGGUGAGAAAGAAUGGUACUUUUUCUGUGUGAGGGAUAGAAAGUAUCCGACUGGUUUGAGAACUAACCGUGCAACUCAAGCCGGUUACUGGAAGGCGACAGGGAAGGACAAGGAGAUCUACCGAGGCAAAUCGCUUGUGGGUAUGAAGAAAACACUUGUCUUCUACAGAGGCAGAGCUCCUAAAGGCCUCAAAACUAAUUGGGUCAUGCAUGAGUAUAGGCUAGAUGGGAAACUCUCUGCUCACAACUUGCCUAAAACCGCUAAGAAUGAAUGGGUGAUAUGCAGGGUGUUUCAUAAAACUGCCGGUGGCAAGAAGAUCCCUAUUUCGACUUUAAUCCGAAUCGGUUCUUACGGAACCGGGUCUAGUUUACCACCUUUGACCGACUCUUCAACAUACAAUGACAAAACCAAGACCGAGCUAGUUUACGUGCCCUGCUUCUCCAACCAAGCUGAAACCAGAGGAACAACAAUACUCAAUUGCUUCAACAACUCUUCCCUCAGCUCGAUCCAACCAGACUUUCUACAGAUGAUUCCACUCUACCAGCCUCAGUACUCUCUCAACGUUUCGGAUAACCUACAAGGUUCCAGUCCUGCUCUUACGCAAGAUCAGUCAGCUUUACAAGCAAUGAUGGAAAACAACAAAAGGCAGAGCUUCAAAACGUUGAACAUUUCGCAGGAAACGGGAGCAGCUUCUAAUACCGAUAACACUUCGUCGGUUUUUGAGUUUGGGAGGAAACGAUUUGAUCAUCAAGAAGUUCCAUCUUCCUCUGCCGGUCCGAUUGAUCUUGAACCUUUCUGGAAUUACUGAAGAUAUAGAACCUGAAAACUCCAUUAAUUUAGGUCACAAGUACAAAAACCUUUGCAAAGUUUUAUCCUUUUUAGCGUGGUGUGUGCUAAGUUUGUAUAGAUAUUAUUAUAUAUCACUACUUCGACUACUAUUCUUUUGGUUUGUUCAAGUUCAAGAUUCAAUACUUCCAUUAUACGUUCAAGGGGAAGUUACUAUUAGAAUUUGAAACAACUUAUCAAAUUCUUAUUAGUCUUUCUUUCUUGAAACAAUUUAGGUCUCAUG